AUGAAUACUGAUUCCAGCUUAUCACCAACAAAUAAAGAUUCAAUAUUUAUGAACACAUCUUCAAAUUUGAAUAUGAUGCAAACAGAUACAUCUCAUCAUGAACAAUAUCAAUCAACUACUGAUGAUCUUGUUCCAGUAUCAAAUGAUGCUUCAUCAUCAGUCAAUAGUAUGACAUCAUCAUUAACAUCUUCUAUGUCCGUUACAAAUUCGAUGUCUAAUUCUAUAUAUCCAUGGUUAAGAGGAGAAUUUAAUUUUGAACAUAAACGUAGUCGAGCAGCUUAUACAAGUCAUCAACUACUUGAAUUAGAAAAAGAAUUUCAUUAUAACAAAUAUUUAACACGUCAUCGACGAGCUGAAACUGCUCAUGACCUUGAUUUAACUGAACGACAAAUUAAAUGUUGGUUUCAAUGUCGUCGAUCUAAAUGGCAACAUGAUAGAUCUAAAUUACACAAUGAUCCGCAUGUUCAACUUGAAGCAAAUGCAACAAAUCAUCAUUCGUCUGCUAUAUCAACUAAUGAUACAUCAUGA